GACGUGCAGCAUGCAGCUGAAGGCGCUUGUUGUUACUUGUUUUAGUCAAUAUUAUUAAAAAUGGCUCUAGCCAGAGCAAGGCCGGACCAAUUGCCAAAGGAUGCGGUUAUAAUCACAGAGGACCAAGCCCUCAAAUACCAAUGGAAAAUUAUAACAGCCUGGGAUAAGUUGGGCGAUGUUUGGGCGUUACGCUACUCAUCCGGCGUACUUAGCGCCAUGGCCGCCGUCACAGGUGCUUAUAUCAAUAAUCACUAUAGGACAAAAUUGCGUUUGGGAAACCAAGGACGACUCUCAAGUUAUCUGCCAAUUGUUGCUGUGCCGGCAAUAUUCACCAUGCUAACGCAUAAGUUUUUUAUACAGCGGCCCAUCCUGAUAAAUCCUAUGGGUGAAUGCCCAGUGUGUAUACAAGUACGGAGUGCUGCCUUUCAAACUGGCCUGGGAGUUGUAUAUCCCACAAUAUUAGCUCCAUUUGCUGCAUUUAUGUUUGCCACCCGCUGCUACACGUAUCGUUUGCCUUCAAUAACAGAGAAUCCUCGUGAAGUCUUUAUGUUGUGGCGAAAGUUUACUCGCCCAUUAGCUCCCGUUUUGGGUUCUAUUCUUGCUUUCCAUGCUCUGUUGGCCAUGUUUUUGACGGGUAGGGAAGAGAAAGAAAACUUUGGCAUUAUGUUACGCCUUAAAGAAAUCGAACAUGAGCUGGAGAUGAAUGAUAUGCCGCAGCGAGUAGAUUUUUAAUUAUUAACAAGGUUCGCUCUUAGAGAAA